AUGACAGAGUUCUGUAAAUUGCCGGAAGAGAUGGCCAUGCAAAUCCUGUCAAGGCUACCUCCCCAAUCUCUUAUGCGAUUCAAGGGUGUUCGUAAGUCCUGGUGUACUAUGAUCAACAAUCCCAAAUUCAUUGCCAAGCACCUAUCCAAUUCCAUGCAUAACCAUUCCUCCACUUGUGUCCUUUACAAGCUAUCGACACUCAAGAACAACACCACAAGAGACAAUGACGAGAAGGAAACUGUAUUCUCUUUGCUUACAUUUUGCAAUGAUGAUCGGAAGGAGCAUAUCGUUCAUUAUGUUGGCGAUGAUGUUACGAAGAAUCAAUUUGUUGGGAUCACGGCGAAGGAUCUUGAAUCUGUAUGGAUUAUAGGCCAGUGUGAUGGGAUUAUUUGCCUAGCUGAUUCUAGUAAAGUAAUUUUAUGGAAUCCAGCUAUUAGGGAAUCCAAGCUUCUUAACCUUGAGUCUUAUCCGGAUCAGGUCAUGACUUCUCUUGGCUUUGGUUAUGAUCCAAAGUCAGAAGAUUACAAGGUUAUUUACAUUGGAAAGCCUGAUGAGGAGGAAUAUGGUGAUGGUCACCUCCUUAAUAAUCCUCCCACCGUUCAAGUAUACACCUUAGGCACUAACUCUUGGAGAGAGAUCAAGAGCGGCUCCUUGGAAACAGAAACUACUAAUAUCUGGCCUGAGGAAUUCGAUAUAUACUUCAAGGGAUUUUGUUAUUGGAGAGGAAGGGAGCAAAUAAAGGAGUUCGACAAUUUUUGUGACAGAAAUGAGGAGGAAUAUGUGAGGCAAUUUAUCGUAUCGUUUGAUACGGUUGAUGAGGUAUUUCAUCGUAUAUUGUUUCCGGAUAGUUUAUACGAGUCAUUUGUGUGUUGGUAUUCUAAUAUGAACGUUGUAGUUUGGAAUGAAUCCGUUGCUCUUUUUGGCAUGGAUUAUGGUAUAUUCCGAGAUUGUUCACGGGUAUUAUGGGUGAUGGAAGACUUUGAUGGAGUAGCUAAAGGUUCCUGGAUAAAGCAGUUCAUCUUUAGGACAGCGGUGGGACUUGAGAAACCAUUGCAGUUUUGGAAUAGGGAUGAGAUUCUUUUGGUUUCUGAAGGGAGUUUAGUCUCUUGCAACAUUGAUACCGGAGAGCUCAAGCAACUCCCCAUUCCUAACAUGGAUUUUGAUCAUUUGGAAGCUGCUGUUUAUGUUAAUAGUAUAGUUCCGAUUUUGGGAAGGUAG